AUAAUAAAUUUUAAGUACAAAAUACGUCAAAAUAUCUGUGUUAUAUCAUAUCUGUGUUUCGUGUCCGUAUCCAUGCRGAGAGUAAAACUAGAGAGUAAUCUCACAAUUGAAAUGAGGCCGUCUGAUAAAUUGAUUUCAAAAUUUUCAUGACGUUUGCCUUAGCUCAGGUACACGUUUACCAUUCUCAACUCAUCACAUUCACAGCUAUAUAUAGCAGUUCAGUUCUUUAGACCAUCUCAAUCCUCGGCCCCAAACUUCACUGCUUUAUAGAAAAAAAAAUAAAAUAUACCAAAUUAUGCUGCCUUCUUCAGGCUCUCCCAUUUUCCAUUUAGUGCUUGCGUUUCUUCUCUCAUUUUCACUUUCAAACUCGGCUCCAUUGGAGCAAGCUUUUUUCCAAUGUCUCUCUGUCAAUUCCCAACUUUCUGCCCCUCCCUUCUCGGUUUGUGAUCCAAACAAUGCUUCAUUCACCACUCUUCUUCAGUCCACUGCGCAAAACCUCAGAUACUUGGAUGCUUCAGUUCCGAAGCCGGAGUUUAUCUUCAUUCCACUCCUUGACAGCCAUGUCCAAGCAGCUGUAAUUUGCUCGAAGAAGCUCCGAAUACAUCUCAGAGUGCGUAGCGGUGGCCAUGACUACGAGGGUCUCUCUUAUGCUUCGGAAAUCGAAACCCCUUUCAUUGUUGUAGACCUCACCAAACUCCGGUCGGUCGAGGUGAAUAUUGAAGAUAACAGUGCUUGGGUUCAGGCUGGUGCUACGGUUGGUGAAGUUUACUACAGAAUCUCAGAGAAAAGCGAAGUCCAUGGCUUCCCUGCUGGCCUUUGCACUAGCUUAGGCAUUGGCGGGCACAUAACAGGCGGUGCAUAUGGCUCUAUGAUGAGAAAAUAUGGCCUCGGUGCUGAUAAUGUCAUUGAUGCUCGGAUCGUCGACAUUAAUGGCAGAAUUCUUGACCGAGCGGCCAUGGGAGAGGACCAUUUUUGGGCCAUAAGAGGGGGAGCUGGAGGCAGCUUUGGGAUUAUUCUGUGGUGGAAGUUGCAGUUGGUUCCUGUUCCAGAAACUGUGACAGUCUUCACAGUUCCCAAGACCUUGGAGCAAGGUGCCACUCAAGUCCUAUAUAAAUGGCAGCAAGUUGCACAUAAGUUAGAUGAAAACCUGUUCAUCAGAGUCAUAAUACAACCAACAAGUGAUAAAGCAACAAAAAAAAGAACCAUUACAACUGCUUACAAUGCACUUUUUCUUGGAGAUUCCAACAGGCUCCUCCAAGUUAUGGGAAAAAGCUUCCCUGAAUUGGGUUUGACACCAAAAGAUUGUAUUGAAACCAGCUGGAUUAAAUCUGUUCUUUAUAUAGCUGGAGAACCCCCCGGAACACCUCCUGAAGUUCUUCUGCAAGGAAAGCCACAGUUCAAGAACUACUUCAAAGCUAAAUCAGAUUUUGUUCAAGUCCCAAUCCCAGAAGCUGGACUGGAAGGUCUGUGGAAAAGGCUGCUAGUAGAAGACAAGCCAUUAACGAUCUGGAACCCUUAUGGAGGAAUGAUGAGCAAGAUCUCAGAGAAUGAGAUCCCAUUCCCACACAGAAAAGGAAACUUAUUCAAAAUUCAGUAUUUAAGCACAUGGCAGGGUGGAGAUACAGAUGCUGCAAAACACAUAGAGUGGAUCAGAGAACUUUAUAAUUACAUGGCUCCAUAUGUGUCCACAUCUCCAAGAGCAGCAUAUGUCAACUACAGAGAUCUUGAUUUGGGUAUGAACAAGAAGGACAAUACAAGCUUGGUUCAGGCCACUGAGUGGGGGAAUAAAUAUUUCAAGGACAACUUCAAUAGGCUUGUGAAGGUAAAGACAAAAGUUGAUCCUGAGAAUUUUUUCAGGCAUGAACAGAGCAUUCCACCUUUGGCAGGCACUGCAUCAUUUAAAAGAACUACAAAAUACAGAAGAAGAGGUUAUAACUAGUAGUCUACCCAAAACAAUAAACCUCCAGUUAACUGAAUUAUCUUCCUUCUUACAAAUAUCAGAGCUGUCUAGGUUAUGUGGCAGAGAUAUGAGGUCAAAUACUAACUUCUGUAGAAGUAUGAGCAAUAGUUUUUCACUUUUUUACCUUCUGUUAAACUGAGGGUGAGGAUGUGUGUGGUUUGUUACUUGCUAUGUCUACUGAAGAGGAAUUUUCUUUUCUGACUGCUUAUCUUUCUAUAUAAUACGAAAGAGUGGAUUUUGAAUCCUAUGGAGUGGGUUUAGAAUUUUAGUCCAGGAAGGAAGCUAUGUUGGACAAAUAAAUUCAUAGCAAAAGAAUAAAAGUGAUUGGAAAACAAUAAUACCAAAACUUAUAUAGUCA